AUGACAGACAUUCUAUCCCACUACUACAAGUCACUCACACUCCCAAUGGAUCCUCCCGAAAGCAACAAGAAUCUGCCUGCUGCAGAAACGGUGAAGGUCUGGCGUCUAAAACAUCACUGGGAAGGGGGAAUAGCAUUCGGCUAUACAAACUGCAAGGAGAUGAGAGAACUUCACCAAAAGCUAUUCCCGAAGUUCUACGAAGACGAGAACAAACUCGAGGACGAUGACGAGUGGGACCCCAUGGAGGUUGAAGAUAAACCUAAACCUAUGUUCAAAUGGAAACGUCGCGACGGGACGGCCCAGGAUCUUAAAAAACAUUUCCCUGAGUAUAAGUGGCCUGAUGGAGACUUGUGGGGGACUCUGAGGUGUGAGUUUAGUCAGGAAGAAUUGCUUCGGAUAGGUGUGCUAAACUUCUUUUCAGUGCUCAAGAAGGUGAGGGAAGUGUACCUUCUAUCCAAAGAGGGAGCAGCAGGAGCAGCAGAUGCAGUAUCGAAAGUGAGGGAAAAAAGUGAGGGAAAGAGGGAGGAGAACGAGAAGCUGGAGGAUGACGCUGAGAUUAUACCAACCAUGGAAGAACUCCUCGUCAUAACAUAUCCCGCAACGCUUCCCAAGGAAGGCAACAUUCCUGAUGAGAAGAAAAUUAAGGGCCUCACAAAUCUAUCAGCCCUUGAGGAUUGGGUCAAGAAAGUGAUGAAGGACGCGGGUAUACCAGGAUGGGAAGUUGAAAAUAUUGGCAUGACUACCGUCGGCGCGGCUAUCAAAGAGUACAAUAUCGAGGACGGAGGGCCUCUCGAAUUUGUCGCAAUUCCAGAGGGUCCAGAAUGGUGCUCGGACGGGAAUGGGCGAUGGGCUACGGCUGGACUUAUGGCAAGACUAAGUGGUUGCAGGGUCUAUAGCGUAUACUACGGUAUCAAAACGAAAAAUUCCGCCACCAGCGUCAAGACCACUACAGGCUACACCAAUAUAUUUCACAUCGCUCACAUGUUCGAUCGGGGGUUGUCGUCACCGCCCUUUUUAUUUGCGGCAUGCAAACACUAUAUCGCCCAAAACGAGAAAGAGCUCCAAGAAGCCAAAGACAGUGAUGGAGGGGGUGUGCCUCUCCACACGGAUCUUGCGAACGGGGAUAGCGGAGACGGUAAAUGGAUUACCACAGGCUUUCAAGAUGCAUACCUCCGGUUCCUGGCCGAAAAGAAGACUGGAGACGAGAAGGAGAAAUUGAAAAUGGAAGUCAAAGCCAGAUCUGUCGGAUUGUGUCGUUACAUUGCAAGGGAACUCAUGGAGAGAUCGACCAGAGACCCCAACCUACCAAGAUGGGAAUUUGUGGACCUGAGUCACCUGAGCAAAAUCGCCAAGGAGCUGAUAUUGAUCAAGCAUAAUAUCAAAAAAGAAGACUGCGUGAAGGUGAAGGGGUGGGAUAAGAAAAACUACGGCUUAUGGAUCACUCCUGGACUACUCUCCGCACUGGAACUCGCCAAAGUAUACACCAUACAAUACGAAUGGAAUUCCAGCGAAAAAUGCUUUGCAAAGACCGGCCACACAAACAAGCACGCUAUUGCGGGCAAGAUCAAAGCUGCCGAGCGCCUGGGUUGGAGUUGGAAAAUAAAUGCGACGGUUAUCCUAGUGAAGAACCAGGAAGAUCUUAGGAAGCUGCGGCAUGAGGAUGGGGGGCCUAAGCUGUUUGCGCCAUGGGAAUACGAGGGUGAGGAAGUCAUAGGUUGGAUCACAAAUGGCGCAGGCGUCAUCCUUAGCAACGGAAGGAGUGAGGGCAUCACGAACCACGCAUUCCUGAAAACACUUGUUGACGAACUCGUCGAAAAAUCGGGCUUCCAGGGAUUGAAAGCCGAAGACCUACGUAAAGUCACGAGAAAAGCGAUUAAAAGGAAGAAAGAGGAAUACGAAGACGAAGGCCCAGUAGAGAUCCUCGACGAAGAGUGGAAGGCUGAUAAUAAUGGUCGGUGGGCUACUCCUGGAUGUGUGUAA